UUGUGUCCUAGGUCGUCAUAUGUUUUCCUGAAUCCUGAGAUUGAAUAGUUCAUCUUUUGUCCAGAGAAUCUCUAUUCUACGUUUUCUGUUUUGUCUGCUGAAAUUUGACCAGAGGAUAAAUACGGCGCUUUACCUUCAGGGGAAACUUUCCGCAAGUUUAAUGUUGAAGUAGGCUAUAGUUUUUGCAGUUUGGUGUUGGAAAGUGGGGGGCGUGAGAUGGAGGAUGCCUACAUGGCUCUCUACCAGGAGUUCCUGCGGCUGCGCUCCAUAUGCCAGAGGCAGGCCGCCAUGCUGCAGCAUCUCACACAGUGUGCAGCCCUCAACACCCAACCAGGAGCCACUCAGCUAGGGCCAAAUGGGGAGUUGGACACCCAGACGUCUCUGCCAGUGCCGUGCACACAGACCGACCUGAUUCAGUUUUAUUCCGGCACCCACCACCCCAUGGCUCACCACCACCUCCCUCUGCAUCGGGCUGCUUCAGGAAACGCAGCGUACAGAGAUGAUGGCGUACGGACUGAUCUUCUGACCUCAGGACUAGACCGCCUUCAGCUGCAGGAUCCCCAACAUCAGCCGCUACUGGCGGCCCCCAGUGGAACGUGUGGCCCCCAACAUCAGUCACUGCUGGGUGGCCCCAGUGGUACAUGUGCUGCCCUGGAGCCCAUGGGCGUGACGGGCCGUCAGUCGUCCACGACGAGGCCCCCCGAGGUGUUCAGUCCUCCCAAAGCGCCACCCAGCAUCAUCGACGACUUGAAGCGAGCCGAGCAACAAUGGGCCGAGAUGAACGCCGCCAGGGAGCGGAGACCCUGGGCGUCCAGUUCCUUCCUGGAGAGUGAGUGGAUGAGUGUGUCAGGUGGCCGUGCGGUAUCCAGGGUGACGCUGCAAUCCCAGGUGUGCGAGUUCUGCCACGCCGUGUUUCCUGGACACACCACCACACGCGGCGACUUCCUACGUCACCUGACCUCGCACAUCACCUGAAGGACAAGAGGGAUCUUUAUUGUCGUCCAUUUGUCUUCCAUUUUCAAUUUCCUCGUGUCUUGCAGCUUUUAUUGUUAUUACAUUAUUACUAGAGAUGCACCGGAUCCUGAUUUUUAGGAUCCUGCCGGAUACCGGAUGCACUGCUUAAGAUCCUGCCGGAUCCGGAACUGGAUACCGGAUCCUACAAAAGGGUUGAAACAUAUAGUCUACUCGCACAUGUGGGCCCUUUUUAUUACGUUGGCUCAAACUAUUUUUUAGACUCAUUGGCUUAUUGCCACACUGCCUGCAACGGCCGCUUCCAAAUGGCUUUCACUCCAUGCAGUGAUUGGGGUUGUGAAAGACUGACUGAAAAGCCUAGGCUAGAGAUGCACCAGACCCUGAUUUUUAGGUAACAUGCCGGAUACCGGAUCCACUGCUUAAGAUCCUGCCGGACCCAGAUCCUGUGAAAAACCCUAUUAUCCUGCCGGAUCCGGAUCCGGAACCGGAACGGGAUCCGGUGCAUCUCUAAUUAUUAUACUCAUCUGAUGCUUGUAUCCAGUCCCUGGAGCAGGGUGGAGCGUCUUGCUCUCAGGGGCACCUCAACCAUGGAGUGACAUAGGUAGUGGACGCAUGGGAUUGGUACCUACAACCAUUUGAUCUAAAGCCCAUCUCCUUAACCACUCGGCCACGGCUGCCCCCAGCUUGUGACAUACAGCACUGCAGCUAUUAUGAUUUAGUUGAUGAAAAGGUGUCAGCCAAUGAGGUGAAGCAUUAAGAGAGAUAUCCGUCACUUGUUUUCGUCUUACGUUCAGCAGACUUUAAUAUUCAAAGCGAUUUGAAAAACAAGGAUGUUAUCAGAAAUCUAUAUAUAUAUAGGGGGCCCACACACAGUC